UUUACAGCUAAAUGACGGCGAGCUGUUGCAAUGAGAAACCCUCUUUGUGUGUUGUCAACGUAUAUAAGACAUCUCUGCCGCAGUUUCUUUCUUUGGAAUAAUGUCGGCUGAAUAUGACAAUAGAGACAAUGGCCCCGAAGGCAUGGAGCCAGAUGGGAUCAUUGAGAGCAACUGGAAUCAGAUUACGGACAGUUUUGAUGAGAUGAACCUGCGCGAGGCUCUGCUCAGAGGAAUCUAUGCCUAUGGUUUUGAGAAGCCCUCUGCUAUCCAGCAGAGAGCUAUUAUGCCUUGUAUCAAGGGUUACGAUGUGAUCGCUCAGGCCCAGUCUGGCACUGGGAAGACUGCCACCUUUGCCAUUUCCAUCCUUCAGCAGAUUGAUGUGGAGCUGAAAGGCACUCAGGCUCUGGUCCUGGCUCCCACCAGGGAGCUGGCUCAGCAGAUCCAGAAGGUGGUGCUCGCCCUGGGUGACUACAUGGGAGCCAGUUGCUACGCCUGUAUCGGAGGGACCAACAUUCGCAGUGAAGUCCAGAAGCUGCAGGCUGAAGCUCCUCACAUUGUGGUGGGAACCCCCGGCCGCGUCUUCGACAUGAUAAGUCGCAAAAACAUCGUUUCCAAGUACAUCAAAAUGUUUGUGCUGGACGAGGCUGAUGAGAUGCUUAGUCGAGGGUUCAAGGACCAGAUCUAUGAGAUUUUCCAGAAACUGGCGAGCAGCACACAGGUUGUCCUACUGUCAGCCACCAUGCCAGCUGAUGUGUUGGAGGUCACAAAGAAGUUCAUGCGUGAACCUGUCAGAAUCCUGGUAAAGAAGGAGGAGCUGACCCUUGAGGGUAUCCGUCAGUUCUACAUCAACGUGGAGAAAGAGGAGUGGAAGCUGGACACGCUGUGUGACCUGUACGAAACCCUGACCAUCACACAAGCUGUCAUCUUCAUCAACACAAGGAGGAAAGUGGACUGGCUGACUGAGAAGAUGCACGCCAGGGACUUCACCGUGUCCGCUCUGCACGGUGACAUGGACCAGAAAGAGAGAGACUUGAUCAUGAGAGAGUUCCGCUCUGGCUCCAGUCGAGUCCUCAUCACCACUGACCUGCUGGCCAGAGGUAUUGAUGUUCAGCAGGUGUCCCUAGUCAUCAACUACGACCUGCCCACCAACAGGGAAAACUACAUCCACAGGAUUGGUCGUGGUGGUCGUUUCGGCAGAAAGGGAGUAGCCAUCAACAUGGUGACCGAAGACGACAAGCGAACCCUGAGGGACAUUGAGACAUUCUACAACACCACCGUCGAGGAGAUGCCCAUGAAUGUGGCUGAUCUUAUCUAGAAGAAUCCACGCGCCCAUCGUCCACCCUCGCUCCACUUAUUUUAGCAGUCAAAACUUGUUUCUUAUACGAUCUGAAUUCUAAGAACUUCCUUUGGCGAAAUUCCACCAUGACUUUCCCUUCUACAUUCUAAUGGAAGGAAGAAUGUGGCCAUUACUCCUUCCUUACCAUGAAAUAGUUGUUUUUUCUUUGGCCGUUUUUUUGGAAGGAUGAAUUACUGACCUGCUUCAUCUGCUUGCCAUACUCCAUUACCUCACAUUGGCACCUAAAUUCUUCUGCAGCUAAUCCCUCCUCUAAACCUUCAAGCAUUAAUUUGAACUUUUUCGUUUUGCAAACUGAGGACUUUUAACAUCAACGAGUGAGUUUGUAACUGGGUCCCACGUGUGCAAAACAUAACCGCGUUUCCAAAAGCAUAUUUAAAAUAAAACAAUCCCCAACAAAGUUGAUCUUUUAAACAGAUUCUAGUCUGACGGUUAGGGCAGCUUAACGUAAAGUAAAAAAAAAAAAAACUCAGCUCAUGCACGAUGCUAACACAAAAAUUCCUGAAGCUUUUGUGAAAUGUGGCUGUGAUUUGCACCAGGUGCUGCAGUACUUGCUGAGUAAUAGACGAGGGGUUUAGACUGCAGUUCAGUUCCGACUCUACAAAAACAAUGAUCUGAAAAUGAAAUUGGAAGUGCUGCAUUUGACCAGAUCAGUAUUUAAACAACCUUCAGUGUACUGGAAACAGCCUUUUAACUCACAUCCAUGAUCAUGUUAAGAAGAGGUUUUGGGGCUAGAGUACACAGGGCAUAUUCAAUAAAAAGACCUAUAUAGUAAAAUCCAACAUGAAUGAGUUGUUUACCGUUUUGAUCCUUUUACUGCUGUUUCUGAUAUAUAUUUUUAAUUGCUAUUGUACAUACUGCUUGACUUGUACAGUCACUUGUGCAGUAGCAUUCAGUUGAAGACUGACUGGUGGCCACAGACGUUCGGAGGCAAAAAAACAACGGUGAGUGCUGUGGAGACUUUGCCUCUCGACCCUGACGACCUGGUUGGAUUUUCAUCUCUAACUCUUUGACAUUAUUGUUCAUUUAGAUUUUUAUUUUUAAACAAAAAUAUUGGAUUUUUUUUUUGAUAUGGUGGCGGUGUCUUUUUGUAACCUACCUCGCCAACAUGUGGGAGGGGGGCCGUCUGAAAUGAAAGGACCAAACUACAGAUGAAGUAUAUAUAGAUCCCUCCCCCUUCUAGUAUUGCUAAGCGCUCUCAUUAAAAUGCCUGUCAUCAUGGGGUUUGGUGUGUAGGAGAACCGUCAUGUUUUGAGGUGUAUAGUCAGUGCUAUUUUUUAAAAUGAAUUUACGGAAUUGUUAACCUUUUUGAGACAGAAACAGUAUCAAGUUUUCUACAUUGGAUUCUGUAUAGUAUUUAUUUUAAUGGUCUUUAAACAUAAUAAAGGUUUCUCCUUAACAGUGUAAACUGGCCUCUGCAUUGUUGAAUAGCAUGAAAGCUGUUGCGCCAACCCCUUUGUGGAAAGGCUUAGCAUCUAUAACCCACCACCUAUAAGAUGACAGUGGAGCGCUGGUUUUUAAUGGACCGGCGCAUCCGUCGCUGAUUGGCUGCUGAGAGCACCGAGCUUUUUGGCCCACCUUCCGGUUUUAACAGCUGUUCAGAUACCCACCGAGGUGUAAUAUUUAUUCCCCAAGUUUAUCAGUUUGUUUUGCUUCGUUUGGUUAAAACGAGUUUUUGUGUUUCGUCUGGAAGAAGCGUGCACCACCGUGAAUCCCCUUUAUUUAUGACUCCUUACUGAUCUGCCAGUUAAAGCUGCAUCUUCUGCAGGCUUCAGCCUGGACUUUAUAUCGAACAUUCUCGCAUGUCAUUACUGAUGUCUUUUCGCAAUAAACAUUUAAUUGUA